UGCACAAUUACGGUCCGAUGGCGUCGGUGCUCGCCAAGGCGCGCAAGUCCAAGGACGACGCGUCGAUCGCGCGGAAGCGGGCGCAGUCGCGGGCGUCGACGCAGCGAUGGCGGCAGAGCCAGCAACAAUCCGUGGCCGCGAUGCGGCGACAAGUGGCCGAGCUCGAGGCGGACCUCGCCGCCAAGCUCUUUCACAGUCGAGGGACAACGGCGCUGCUCCCACCAGCGAUGGAGCAGCUGAUGGCAGCAAAGAAUACUACGUGCACGAAAACAUGCAGCUGCGCGCGGCAGUGCAAAAGUAUCAAGCGCUCAUGAACCAGACGCUCCUCCCGCUCCUGCGCACAGUGCAGCCCCUCGUCCUCGACGAUGCAUUUGUCCGCGGCGAGAUUCGGCGGGCGAAAAGGCUGCUGGACGCGCUCGAUUUGCGCUUGAGGGCGUCGCUCCCUAGUCGACAGCUCCAUGGCUGGAGCUGUGUGACGCACACGCAAAGCGACGCAGUCGCGUACGACAUUCAGAAGCGAUUUCAGCACGUUUCACUUGACGUCAUUUCCAACCACAUCUGGCACGUCUACCAAGACUCUGCUGCGUACGUCCAGCUCGGCGACUUGCUCUUGGACCACGAGGUUUUGCGAACCAUCGGCGACAAUGUUCUCGUCUUGCGCAUCUCGACGUGGCUCACCUCGCUCCAGCAAGCGAUCCCGAUGUACCUCGUGCUGUACCGCGAGGUAUCUUCCACGUCGUACACGCUCUACGUGGCGACGCUUCGCCCCGACUUGACGCCGAGCGCCCACACCUUUGCGUUUCUUGGCGUCGCAUCGCCGGACGGCUAUGUGAGCUCGUGCAAAGGCGCGUACUCGCUCAUCGCUGGCAGCGUUGUGGACGCCGACUCGAUCCUCGAGCAGAUGAUAUUUUCGCACUGUCGCUUCGAAGCGCUCUUGAAAAGCAGCUUCAAGGACCUCCGUCUAUGCGACCGAUAG